GGUUUCCCUAAAUAUUACUCGCGUACUGAACCUCGCCCACCAAGCUUGACAGGCAUUCAGUUUAGCUAAGGCUUCCGCCCCAAUUUCAAACGAGUGACGCAAUAUUUUGGAGGUCAUUGCUCAACGAAAACAUUGCGCUUUCAUUCGUCAUCAUGGUCCUCGUCAAUUGUCCUCUGAUGGCAAUGAAUCUCAAGAGAGCCCAAAUACGGUCCUCCGACCAAUCGGCGACGGUUCUGAUGUGCAACAUCCAUCCAGAUGUAACCAAAGACGAUCUACGGGCCUUCCUCGAUCCUGUGACUGGUCCAAUGAAAAAUCUCCCCGAGAUCGAAAAUGGCGCCAUUCUGCUUCAAGUGCCUUCCCUAGAGGAUGCCAAUUCUUUGAAGGCCUGUUUUGAUGGAGUGUUUUUUAAAGGUAGGCCCAUCUAUGCCGACAUGAUUGUCAGGGAAGGCUCGGAACAUUCGUCCACUCGAAAUGGAUUGGAAAAUGUUAAGCCAACUGGCCCUGGUAUGAGUGGUCGGAAGAUGGAAACCACUCGAGAGGAAUUGGAUCUUGAACUGGACAAGUACGUGGUUCAACGACGUGAGAGUCAGCAGUAAACUGUUUUUCGAAGAAACACUGUUGCGUCAAAUAGAUGUUGUAAUCUUGAAACGAAGAUGAAACAAGUUCGAAAUUAUUCAAGCGGGGCAGAUUCUAGCAUAACGAAAUACUUGGAGGGAGAAGCUUAAGUCCAUUCGGAUAAUAGGAAUUCGAUGGAAAAACAAACUGGCAAUCCUUGGGGGUCGCGAUCUUAGAAAACUGCUAUCGCGUUUAUAAACUUUCGUCUUGAUCUGCUGGGGAUGGAUUACAUUUCCAAAACUAUACUGGAGAGAGGUUCAGUGAAGAGCUCUUUUGUUGAUUGUUUACUCGGCUCACGUACAUGUCACACACAUGAAGCACAUGUAGUUAUUUUUUACCUCGUCAACUAUGAUUGCUCGUAAAGUCCAUCUUUUGCGGUUACGGCCACGGCCCCCCUGUAUUUCCCGAAUAGUUCACUACAGUCAAGGAGAAAACCCCGAGUCUCUGAGGAAACCUUCGCUUCCAAAUCUGACUUCUCGUGCAGAUCCGGCCACUCAAACCUCAGCCGCCAAAAGAAAGGCCUUUUAUAGGUUCUAUGAUUUCGUCCAAGGGUACGCCAAGCUUCCCACACAGGUUCUUCCCCACAAGUUUGUGGCCAUUUCGCGGCAAUUCGUCCAAGGGUCGAGGCUACUCUUUCGUGACAUGCGAGAGUUCAUUGGGGUGUACAACAUUUUGGCCUCCACGAGAGAUUGGUCCAGAGCUUGUAAAAGGCUAAGUAGACACGAAUUGGAGCUAUAUCUUACCCUCCCUCGGGACUUGUACAAGGUGGCACCGGUAUUGAUCCUCUCAGCAUUUCCCUUCAUGCAGAAUAUAGCAUUUCCUUUGGCAUUGAUGUAUCCUCAUCGAUUGCUCUCUUCGCAUUUCUUGACGGACAAUCAGAAGGCGGAAAUAGACCUCAAGACAUUGGAGAAGAGACACAUGUAUUAUCGACCUUUAUUCAGAGACUUGCAGCAAGGUCUCUAUUUCCUCCAAGGGCGACCUGACCUCGAGACUGUGCGACGUAUUUUCGCCAUCUUAGCACGAGGGGACCACCCGGGGGUGGAGCAAAUCUUGGGAGUGGCUUCCCAGUUCUCCGAACACGGACCCUUCGAGGUGUCCCAGCUGUUUUCGCAUCAUAUCAGACACUUGAUGAAAGUUCAUGGUUUGGAUUAUUGGUUCUUCUGGCGGACCAAAGUGAUCCAAUAUGCCAAUCUCCUAGUGGAACUGGAUUUGGCCUUGGAGCGUGAAGGUUUGCUAAAUCUGUCACGAGAGGACCUCAAGCAUAAUUGCCACCUGCGUGGAUUCCUCGUCGAAGAAUCGACUUCACAGGAGGAGAUGAUCCAAUAUCUUCGAGAUUGGAUAGGGAUCACGUCGAACCUGGACUCCAAAUCUGCCUCGUUGGUACUUCAUUUGCCAAUUAUCCUGGGCUACAACAAACCAACGCGGAUCUGGGAUACUCGGUCUGUUUCGUGACGAUAUCUAGGUUUCUCUUAUCUUAUGUGAUACUAUAAUUUACUGGUCAUAAAUAUAAAUGAUUUAUUCAA